AUGCGCUAGAGGUCGCGAGGAGCGAGCCAGGGGCGUUUGUGCUGUCGGCGUUGCAGGACUCCUUGUUGUCUGCCUGGUCCUCCCGUCUGGAGCUGCCCAGCGAGGCUGUACGGCAGCUGCUGGAGGCGCAACCCGCACUUCUGGAAUUAACCGCCACAACCGUCAAGGCCCGUCUCGAGUCCCUAGCGGCGCUGCUGGGGGUGCCGCUGCCGCUGGCCAUGCAGCUGGUUCUCAAGCACCCGGCGCUGGUGGCGGUGCCGCCCAACGCAACCAUCACCCGAGCCAAGAACGUGGCGACAGCGCUGCGGGUGUCAAUGCAGACCUCCGCCUCCCUGAUUGCCAAGGAGCCAGCGCUGCUGGGUGUGCUGGCGCACUGCGGCGCGGAGGCGCGUGCGUGCGGGCUGGCGGACGCGGCUGGCGAGGUGGCGGCCGCGUACGAGUACUGGACCCUGGAGUGGCUGCAGCGGCAGCUGAGGGAGGCACGGCCGGCCAGGAACACCAGCUUUGCGGGGCUGGACCGGCAGUAGGAGGCUGCCAGGAUUGGAAUGCAGGAUUGGGGCGGCGUAAAGAAGAGGAAACAACUAACUGAUCGUGUGAAAAGGCGUCAUCAUGGUUUGCAACAUGUGAGCCAGUUUGACCCGUCCCUGGUUGGGGCGGGAUGGGGCUUGGUGGGUGGGAUGGCGGGCACAGCAGGCUGCAGCCGCAGUGUGUUCAGGCAAGGUCUUGCGCUAUGUGACGGCAACGACGGCGACGGCAGAUUGACGCAAUUCUGGAGGGCAUGGUGAGCUUGGUGUCGAGAGGCGGCCCCAGUCCUUGGCUUGGGUGUGCCAUAGUAACGCGGAUGGUUUUACAAAUGAACUACUAUGAAUAUUGGGGACUGUAAACCUGAUGUGGACUUGUUUUAAGGAGUGUUUGGCCCUCCCACCGCGAGGAAAAAGGGGUAGCCUCCUUGCUGAGAAAGAGGAAAGCUUGAGAACCACUGGAGUGCACGGG